UUCCUGUGGGACCUUAGGGAGGUCCCAGCCAACCUCCGUGGUCUUCGUUGGUGGGACCGGGACCCAAGCCCCAGGGCUACUGACAAACACCUCCUGGGAGGGCCAGACGGAAGUGCAGCGCGGCUGGGACUGACACGUGGACUUGGGCGGCGCUGCCUGGGAGGGAGGUGGAGGGCAGGGCACUGGGACACUGCUGUGCCCAUGUUGUCCUAGCGCCCAGCCUGAUGCAGCCACCCCCGGACGAGACCCGCAGAGAUGCAGCUGAAAACGCCCAGUGGUCCAGGCCUGAAUGCCAGGUGUGGACAGGGACACUGCUCUUGGGCACCUGCCUACUCUACUGCGCCCGCGUCACCAUGCCUGUCUGCACCGUUGCCAUGAGCCAGGACUUUGGCUGGAAUAAGAAGGAGGCCGGCAUUGUGCUUAGCAGUUUCUUCUGGGGCUACUGCCUGACGCAGGUCGUGGGUGGCCACCUCGGGGACCGCAUCGGAGGUGAGAAGGUCAUCCUGCUGUCUGCUUCCACCUGGGGCUCCAUCACCAUGGCCACCCCGCUGCUUGCCCACCUUGGCAGUGCCCACCUGGUCUCCAUGGUCUUCUCCCGUGUCCUCAUAGGCCUGCUCCAAGGUGUGUACUUCCCUGCCCUGACCAGCCUGCUGUCACAGAGAGUUCGAGAGAGCGAGAGAGCCUUCACCUACAGCACUGUGGGGGCCGGCUCCCAGUUUGGGACGCUGGUGACUGGGGUCGUGGGAUCCCUGCUCCUGGACUGGUGCGGCUGGCAGAGCGUCUUCUACUUCUCUGGUGGCCUCACCUUGCUUUGGGUGUGUUACGUGUACAGGUACCUGCUGAACGAGAAAGACCUCAUCCUGGCCCUGGGGGUCCUGGCACAAGGCCUGCCCGUGGCCAGGCCCUCCAAAGUGCCCUGGAGACAGCUCUUCAGGAGGCCUUCUGUCUGGGCGGCCAUCUGCUCCCAGCUCUCCUCAGCCUGCUCCUUCUUCAUCCUCCUCUCCUGGCUGCCCACCUUCUUCAAAGAGACCUUCCCCCAUUCCAAGGGCUGGGUCUUCAACGUGGUGCCCUGGUUGGUGGCGAUUCCUGCCAGUCUGUUCAGUGGGUUUCUCUCUGACCACCUCAUCAGUCAGGGUUACGGGACCAUCACGGUGCGCAAGUUGAUGCAGCACCUGCAGGUGAUGGGCCUCGGCCUGUCCAGCGUUUUUGCACUGUGUCUGGGUCACACCUCGAGCUUCCUGAAGGCUGUGGUCUUUGCGUCUGCCUCCAUUGGCCUCCAGACCUUCAACCACAGUGGCAUCUCCGUUAACAUCCAGGACCUGGCCCCAUCCUGUGCUGGAUUUCUGUUUGGUGAGGACUUUGCUGAGUCCAGCUUCGCUCCACCUGUCUCCUGGCCAGAGAGCCACUCCCAGGCAGGGGGGCAGCCAUGUGGCUCUUCUCUGAUGUCUUUUCUCUGGCCUGUUCCCAGGUGUGGCCAACACUGCAGGAGCCUUGGCAGGUGUGGUGGGCGUGUGCCUGGGCGGCUAUCUGAUCGAGGCCACAGGCUCCUGGGCGUGUGUGUUCAACCUGGUAGCAGUCAUCAGCAACUUGGGGCUGGGCACCUUCCUGGUGUUUGGACAGGCCCAGAGGGUGGACUUGAGCCCUGCCCAUGAGGACCUCUAGCUCCCCGACUCCACAGUCCCACCUGGAUGCUGGCAGUUUUCGGGGACAAGUGGACCUCGUCCUCAGUGGUAGGAGCCGAGGAGGAAGACCACAGCAGGGCACCCGGGAGGAAGCAGAGAAGCUGGGGAGGGGCUCAGGCACCCCACGGCCCUGGCCAGAACCGGGCUCACCUCUCUGAGCCUGUUUCCCUGCCUGCCUGUGGGCAUGACCCUGCCCUCCUCACAGGGUUAGAGUGAUCACUGCCUGUGGCUGGCGCCCUGAUGCUGGGCCACGGGCGCCCCACCUCCGUCCGCCUAGCCUCAUUCUCUGACAGCCGCUCUCAGGUGGAGCUGUGGACUGUGGCAUAUUCAGGAGGACCUGCUGCGUGCCAGAGCACCCUCCUGCCCCCUCCCCUCCAGUCAGGACAAUCAGCAGUGUCCACAGAGCACCCCAUGUUCCAGGAGCCCCUCUCCAUGUUUCUGCUUCUCCUGGCAGCCCGCUGUCACCCCAGAGGGCUGGAUGGGCAGUGUGCUAGAGAGGCCUGGCCCACCUCUGAGAGCCCCAGGGCCCCAGUUCCCUGAUCCUGUGGAUUUCGGUAGGACCGAUGUCUCCUGUGUAGGCACCUGUGUGCCCCUCAGGCCCUGCGGGGAUACCCCCUUGUCUUUCUACCUCCCUGUCAGCAGGGGGAGCUGGCGUUCUCAUGAAUCAGGAGUGGAUUCUGUAAGAAAAGAAGCCACAGAAAUGUGCAAAACCACACCAAGCCUUAUUUAAAGGACUGUUAAACGAUCUAAAAA